AAUUGAAUCAAGAGGCACAAAGACAGUGUUUUGUCUGACAGCAAGUCCUGAAGAAUUGUGUGUUUUAUUUUUCUUUAAAGAUGUCUGAAAAGCCAAAAGUAUACCAAGGAGUACGAGUGAAGACAACUGUGAAAGAAUUACUGCAACAGAGGAGGGCGCUGCAAGCAGCUGCAAAGGCGACAGUGACAUCUCAAAACAACAACGCCCCUUUUCCAGAUACAAGUGCCACAUCAUUUGCUGCUCCAUAUUAUACACCGGCUCCUGUUAACGUACCAGAAACCAACUGUUUUACACCCAUGCAAAUUACUGACAGCUUUUUCUACGAGCAAGUGGUAUCGGCAGCUUUUGACAAUCAACCGGUAGCGGACAUUUUCUCCACGUGUGAACAUUUCAUCGACCAAGCAUCUCCAGUGGCAGGCGUCCAGCACACUUCCCUGGGGAGCUUACAGCAAGGACCAGACUACUACUGCUCGGGAAUGGAAUCCAGCUCUUCCUCCAACUCAUCCAACGUGUCCAGUCCCGCGGAUUACAGCAGCUGCUCGCCCCCGCAGUGCUACGCCUCCUUUUCCUCGGCAUACGCGUCUCCUGCCCAUUUUAGCCCGAGAGCUUAUGCGCCAGUCCACGAGGAUUGUCACUACCAGCCGUGCGAACUACCUUAUCGUUAUUGCCUUUCGCAGGUACAAAGUCCACAGGACAACCUGAGACUCCCCGAAUACAUGUCCUAUCCUUCAUCAGACUGUGCCUAUUCUACCAGCAUGGUGGAGGACAGUUUUUUCAUGAGAGAAAUGACGAGCUGGGAUAUGUGCUUUUCUUGAACCGAUCUUCUGUUUUCAAAGAUAUAUUUUUGUAUUUGGUGGUGAAAGAAAGUUAUGUGAAUGACGUGUUUGUGUCUGUUCCUGACAGGUUCUGCAUGUACUAUCUGAAAACGACGUUAAAGUGGAUGGAUGGAAAUGUUUCUGUUGACGUGUUUGAUGUUUCAUUCUGAACAAUUUAUAUUUCUUUCAAAUAUUGCAAAUAUAACUUUGAACAAAUUUAUAAUAAACUAUUUCUUAUAAA